AUAACACAGGCGCACAUGUCGGCCGGUUAGUGCUGAUGCAACGUCAACACAAUAUAUAUAACUAUUGUCUGUCAUUGUUGCACAAACUUGCCUCAGAUUGAAUGUGCUAUAGACCCACAUAAAGUCGUCUGCGCCCAUUGAACGCUAGAUUAGCAAGCUGUCUUGAAGAGAUCCACAAUGGCCAGUGUGCCAGAACAUAUCAACUUCCCCGCAGAGGAAGAGAAAAUACUCCAAUUCUGGAAAGAAAUAGACGCCUUCCAGACAUCAGUGAAGCAGUCCAAGGGAAAGCCCAGGUUUUCAUUCUAUGAUGGGCCACCAUUUGCAACAGGGCUGCCACAUUAUGGCCACAUCCUGGCAGGAACCAUCAAGGAUGUUGCCACUCGGUGGGCACAUCAGAGCGGCUUCCAUGUUGAGAGGAGGUUUGGCUGGGAUUGCCACGGACUGCCAGUGGAGUAUGAGAUAGACAAGACUCUGGGCAUCAAAGGACCCGAGGAUGUGGCAAAGAUGGGGAUCGAGGCCUAUAACGCUGAAUGCCGCAAGAUCGUCAUGAGAUACUCCAACGAGUGGGAGACCAUUGUGACUCGUCUAGGGCGCUGGAUUGACUUCAAGAACGACUACAAGACAAUGUACCCCUGGUUCAUGGAGAGUAUCUGGUGGGUGUUCCAGCAACUCUACAACAAGGGGCUCGUAUACAAGGGCUACAAGGUGAUGCCCUACUCGACAGCCUGCAACACCCCCCUGUCAAACUUCGAGUCGGGACAGAACUACAAGGAGGUCACAGACCCUGCUGUAAUCAUCAGUUUCCCAUUGGAGGAGACUCCAGAUGUGUCCAUCAUCGCCUGGACAACCACUCCAUGGACGUUGCCUAGCAACCUCGCAUGCUGUGUCAACGGAGACCUGGACUAUGUCAGAGUUAAAGACGAGAGUUCCGGGAAGGUGUACAUCAUGAUGGAGGCCAGACUGGCGGCACUGUUCAAGUCAGAGGAGGAGUACACCAUAUUGGAGAAAUUCAAGGGCAAGACUCUGGAAGGAAAGAAGUACAAGCCACUGUUUCCUUACUUCGAGAGUAUGGGCAAGACAAACAGAGCCUUCAGAGUUCUUCUUGGUAGUUACGUCACAGCAGAGAGUGGUACCGGUGUCGUCCAUCAGGCGCCAUACUUUGGUGAAGACGAUUACAAGACGUGUCUGAAGUACAAGAUCAUCACCAAGGACAUGAAGAUGGUGUGUCCAAUCGAUGCCAGUGGCAAGUUCACCGAGGAGGUCACACACUUCAAGGGCAUGUACUUCAAGGAUGCUGACAAGGAGAUCAUGAAGAAGCUAAAGGCUGAAGGUCGUCUUGUCCACCAGGGCACUGCCAAGCACAACUACCCCUUCUGCUGGAGGUCUGAGACUCCCCUUAUGUACAAGGCAGUGCCAAGCUGGUUCAUCCGUGUUGAGCAGGCUACUGACAAACUGCUGGACAACAACCAGAAGACAUACUGGGUGCCAGACUUUGUGAAGGAAAAGAGAUUCGCCAACUGGUUGCGUGAUGCUCGAGACUGGGCCGUCUCCCGUAAUCGGUAUUGGGGCACCCCCAUCCCUCUGUGGGUCAGUGAAGAUGGAGAAGAGAUUGUGUGUGUAGGAUCUAUUGAAGAACUAAAGGAACUGUCAGGUGUUGAACUGAAGGAUCUUCACAGAGAAAAUGUUGAUAAGGUGACCAUUCCCUCCAAAAUGGGGAAGGGAGUGCUUCGUCGUGUGAGUGAGGUGUUCGACUGCUGGUUUGAGAGCGGCAGCAUGCCCUACGCUCAGGCUCAUUUCCCAUUCGAACACAAGAAGGAGUUUGAGGAGAGCUUCCCAGCUGAUUUCAUUGCAGAGGGAGUUGACCAGACACGUGGAUGGUUCUACACACUGCUUGUACUGUCCACACUGCUGUUUGGGAAGCCGCCCUUCAAGAACUUGGUUGUCAACGGACUGGUUCUGGCAGAAGAUGGACAGAAGAUGAGCAAGAGGAAGAAGAACUAUCCCGACCCUGUAGAGAUCGUCAACAAGUUUGGUGCAGAUGCACUUAGACUGUACCUGAUCAACUCCCCAUCUGUGAGGGCGGAGAACCUGCGCUUCAAGGAGUCCGGGGUGAGAGAUGUCCUCAAGGACGUCUUCCUGCCCUGGUACAACGCCUACCGAUUCCUCAUGCAGAACAUAGACCGACUAGAGAGGGAGGAGGGUGUGACGUACGUGUACAACGAGGACACGGUGAAGGUGUCUGAGAACUACAUGGACCGAUGGAUCCUCUCCUUCACACAGUCUCUCAUCACUUUCGUCAGGAAGGAAAUGGCUUUGUACCACCUGUACACAGUGAUGCCGCGCCUCGUCCGGUUUGUUGACCAGCUGACCAACUGGUACGUGAGGAUGAACCGAAAGCGCCUGAAGGGUGAGGGCGGCGUGGACGACUGUCGCCAGGCCCUUGACUCCUUCUACAGCGUCCUCUUCUCCAUGACUAAAGUCAUGGCACCUUUCACGCCGUUCCUGACAGAGUUGAUGUACCAGAAUCUCCGCCGCUAUCAGCCGCAGGUCCUGUCUAACAAGGAGGAUACCAGGAGUGUCCACUUCCUCCUGGUGCCACAACCCAGAGCUGCCCUGAUCGACACAAAGAUAGAGAAUGCUGUGUCCAGCAUGCAGACUGUCAUUGAACUGGGUCGAGUCAUCCGAGACAGGAAGACGAUGCCAGUGAAGUAUCCUCUGAAGGAAGUGGUCGCCAUCCAUAAAGACCCCAGUGCCCUGGACGACAUCAGGUCUUUGGAGAAAUACAUCCUUCAGGAGCUGAAUGUGCGGUCCCUGACCACCACAACCAACAAGGAGAAAUAUGGCGUACAUCUAAAAGCAGAACCAGAUCACAGAGUCCUGGGUGCCAGACUCAAGGGAGACUUCAAGAACGUCAUGAAGGAGAUCCAACAGCUCACAGAUGCUCAACUUGUGACGUUCCAAAAAUCAGGGGAGAUAACUGUUGGAGGACAUGUCCUGGCGCCGGAAGAUCUGAGAAUAAUGUACAGCGUUGUCGACACGGCUGGCAAGAGCCAACAGUAUGAAGCUCAUUCAGAAGGAGAACUCCUUGUGUUGCUGGAUGUCAGUCCGGACCAGUCCAUGUUGGAUGAGGGGGUGGCCAGAGAGGUCAUUAACCGUAUACAGAAACUCAGGAAGAAGGCGAACCUGGCUCCCCAUGAUGAGAUCACCGUGUUCUAUCAGGCCUCGGCAAAUUUGACUCGUAUCAUCACCGAGUUCUCUGACUUCAUCUUCUCCACCAUCAAGCAACCCCUGGUGGCCUACCCUGCCAAGGGGGAACCACUCAUCAAGGAGAGUUCGGAGAUCAAGUCUGACAAGAUCGAACUAGCCAUCGUGAGACAAGGCACUGCAUCGGGAUCUCCUACAAGCUCCGCAGCAUCAGAUCUCGUUCCAGCGCCUGUCAAGAAUGGUGUCAAGCCAAAUUGUAGGUUUCUAAACCUGACCCUGUUAGGAGCUGUAGCACAAGAAGGUUUUACUGGUAGACAGGGCACAUUACUAUUGGAGAACCCUUGGGGGAGCUUUCCUCUGGCAGCAAAGGACUUGGCGGCAGAGGCACAAAGAGUGUUUGGAGUUCGGGGACAAACAGUUAAGGUGUUUGAGGAUGCAGCUCGCACAAAACAGUUCUCCCCUGAUUCCAAGAUGGCUGACUACUCAUCGCGAACACUGUAUAUAUCUGGGUCAUCCGAUCAGUCAGGCCCAACACCAGCAGGGGUCACCACACCAGUGUGUCACUUUGCUAAUGUUGAGGUCAUCAGGUCAAAAGGCAAGGCUGAGAAGGGCACAUUACUCUUGGAGAACCCUCGAGGUGAUACCCUCUCACUAGACCAACUCUUAGACCAGGUUCGAGCUGUUUUCGGUGUCAACAGUUCAUCUGUGACUCUCAGCAAGACGAAAGACAACAAAGGAGCGUUAACAUCGGCGACAGUCAAAGAUGUGCUGAGUCUACACAGUGAAACAUUAUACGCCAUCGUCAGUUAAUGUAGAUGUGGAUUCUGUGUUGGAUACAGAAACAUACUGGCAGAUUUGAUGGAUUUCCUAAUUUAAUUUAUGUUAUUGUAACUCAGACAAUUACUAUAACUGUCAUUAAUAUGCCAUUUUCAAUCUGAAAUCAUUAAAUGCUCAUAUGGUCCAUUUCCUGAAUGAUUGAACAGGCACAUCAGAAAAACGACUUUCCACCAUCAUGGAUGUAGGUUUGGGUUUGGGUUCUGGGACAGUUUCGAUAUAAUUGAAUAUGUUGGGGUGGCAAAGUAGUUAAGGUGCAUAUAGAAUAGAAGUACCAGGUUUGAUUCCUCACAUGGUCACAGCAUGUGAAGCAUAUUUUUUAAAAAUAACGGAAGUAAGUAACCUCUUUGAAUAUUAAAGAGAAUUUCAUUAACAAAAUCUUAAGCAUUUUUUAUGAUUUUUUUUCUUUUCAUUUUAACCAUUGAAACGUUUAAUUUUGUUGAAAGUGUUUUGAGCCAGUGAUCAUUUUACAUCACAUUAAAAUCCCGUAAAUGUCUUGGUACGACACUAGAAACGGGUUCAACUUUCGACCCAUGUAGGGAAUCAAACUCAGGUCUUCAGUGGGACAUGUUAACCAGUUCACUACCACCAACAUUAUGUGAACAGUGAGAAGUAAUUAUAACACAACAGCUCAAUAAAGUGUACUUUAUAUGAUAAGUUCACUUAUAUUAUAGAGUUUUAAACACUAGGUUUAUUGCUUGCAACAAAUAUUAUAUCUGUUGUCUGUUUAACCUCUGGCUAUAGUGCUAUGCGACAUGUUCCAGUUAACAUUCACAGGAAUAUAAAUUCUCAGUAAGAACUACCUCCAGGACACGUUAACAAAACCAAAAUGUAUAGUGUAAAACAUUGUGCAAUAAACAAAGAAAGGAAGUGUUUAUAAUGGCUUUGGCAAAAUCAGAUUCUCACAGAGACUGCAUCAUAAUUAUAUACAGUGGACUCCCUCUAAACAGACUUCCCUCUAAUCCGACAUUCCCUGUAAACCGACAUAUUUAUUUGGUCCCGAAUUUGUCCCUAUGUACAUCAUAUAUUCUACCACGACUUCAGUAAAUACUGGUGUGAUUGGUUAAUCAAAGGCAUUCAGAGGUAUGUAAUCACGUUAUAGGCCUGUAGUUUCACAUUCUUGUUCAAGGGCAAUCCAAAACUUGUUGAACAAGCUGUGAUAACAUGGCAUGAUAGCCUGGAUCAUUGUCAGAUCAUGGUGCCUGCCCAGAUUGUUAUACAGGGUACAGUCAUAUUGCUGGAAUAUUCAGUGGCGUAAAACAACAUUCAUUUACUCAGCAUUUGAAAUGUUGAUGGCCAGGUAAGGGAAAGAUCUUGUGCAGUUUGAAUGAAUUUAGAUAUGUUAUCAAAUUAAAGAUCACAGGUACACAACGUACAUGACCUAGACUACCAGCUGUCCGACUUCCAUUUGUGGAAGCCACGGUGGUUGAGCGGGUUAGGUGGCUAACUUUGUGUGCUGGGGAUGAGGUGCUUGACUCUAGACAGUGAUUUUCAAUCCCAGUUGGGCCUCAACCUAACGAAAGUACUAGAAUCAGUACUUUAUUGAGAAAACGUAAUCCCAGAUAUAGCAUGGUGUAUAAGUAGGUUAAGAUGAACUUAAGAAGCAUUGUAUUUAUGUGGACAUGAUAACUAGAAUCAACCCCAGCACACUCUUGCUCUUUGAGAAAGGGGGGCGAUGAAGUACCCUAAUGGUUAAAGCAUUCGCUCGUCACGCCAAAGGCCAAGCUUCGAAUCCCCACAUGGGUACAAUGUGUGAAGCCCAUUUCUGGUGUCCCCCCACCGUGAUAUUGCUGGAAUAUUGCUAAAAGUGGCGCAAAACCAAACUCAGUCAGUCAGACAGUCUUUGAGAAAGGAGACAACAUGGUGAUCUGGUGAUAGUGCUGUGUGACUUGGUCUUUGUCUGUGGUCGUAUCACCAGAAUAGGACAUUGUUCUUACCAUUAGCUCUUCCACUCAAUGAUUCACAUGUCAAAGAGAUCUACCUGGAAUAUUAGUGAUGGCACAUGAAGAAUAUUUUGUUAGAUAGUUGAUGGAUGUUUGUUUAGUUUCCAUGAAGAUUAAGAAGUUACACACCUGUAAUUCAUGAAGUAAACACUGUACAGACAGAUAAUUCAAAAAAUCAAUGCAUCAGUAGGAAACAAUAGGUUUACAGUUGUGCUGUUUGAAUUAUGACCCCCACAUGGGUGUUUGUAAGAAAGUGAUAAAAGAGUUUUGAAAGCA